AUGUUGAUCGAAGUAAGUACUAAAAUAUUAUUCAUCACAGGUGUAUUAUUAUUGGUUGGGAUUAUAUAUACAAAUGCAUCAAGACACACACAAGAUAAAACAGAAAAAUUAAUACAAUCUAUUUGUGAAAAAUUAUAUGAUGAUGAUUUAUAUUCAGAAGAGAAUCAACAAUGGUCAAUUUUUUGUGAAAAAUGGAUUAAAUCAAUGAAUCAUCAACAACAUAAUGAUAUAGAAAAUGAAAAUGUGAUAGAUGAAUCAUUGAUGAAAGAAAAUUAUCUACCACGGAAGUUUAGUUUCAGAUCUGGAUUUCGUAGUGGUGGUAGUAGUUCUCGUGUAUCAUCCCGUAUUAGUCGAAGCAGUAGUAGUGGAAGCAGCAAUAUUCGUACUAGUGGAAGCAGCAAUAUUCGUACUAGUGGAAGUCGAAUAUCUUCCAUUGCUACUCGAUUUCGUAAUACGCGUACCGGUGCAACCAUUUCUCGUCCAACUGGUUGGUUAUGGAGUCGAACUCGACAUGUUUUUCUUCCAGUAUCUCAACAUUAUUAUUAUCGAUCUCAUUCUUCGAAUAAUCGAUAUACAACACCACCUACUGGAAAUGUAACUUAUUAUUAUUAUUGUACAUCGAAUACGAGUUCUUCAAUGGAAAUUCAAUGUAGUUCUAUUAAUGAUGAUGGACAAUGUUGUGAAGAUGAAACGAUUUCACAAGUUUUUUGUUGUGGUGGUAAAAUUGAUGAUUAUCUUAUAGAAGAUUUUAAUCAAGCAACAAAAACAAUAGCACGAAUCUUCUAUACUCUAACAGCAAUAACAUUAUUUAUACAUAUAUUUAUGAGACGAUUUUAUUGA